GGUGUAGCCCCCUCAGAAGCUGAGCAGACCGUGAACUCUCGUUUCUGAUGAAAACGAGUUAGUCAGUCACUCUCUCGCCGUCAUGCGUCAUUUCCUGCGAGACCGUCCAUGCGCCGUGUUAGACAUGUUUACGUUGUCGUUGUGUGAGGAAAACAGAUCACAUUGUCUGGUAUGAAAACUAUGAAUGAAGUGAGCUGGCGUACCCUCAAAGCCUUUGAAGAGCUGACAGACAAAAUCUACAGAAGAUAACAGAAACCAGCAGAGGUCGUGUUCACUUGUUGGAGACCAUUCGCUGCCAGCUAACAUCAUUAUGUCAGCAGACACAAACCCGUCCCCUCCACUACUUGUGAAUCCUCUGCCUCCUGAGGUGAUUGACCACAACAGGCCAGGCCGGAGGACCAACCAGCUGCAUUACAUGCAGAAUGUAGUGAUCAGAUCGCUGUGGCGGCACCAGUUCGCCUGGCCUUUUUACCAUCCUGUUGAUGCAGUCGCUCUUGGACUACCAGACUAUCACACUAUAAUAACGUCUCCCAUGGACUUGGGAACCAUCAAGAAACGGCUCGAGAACAACUACUAUUCCAGCGCAAGUGAAUGUAUGCAAGACUUCAACACUAUGUUCACCAACUGCUACAUAUAUAACAAGCCUACAGAUGACAUAGUGCUGAUGGCCCUCGCCGUGGAGAAGGUUUUCUUGCAAAAAGUUUCCCAGAUGCCACAGGGCGAAGUGGAGAUUGUUCCUCAGGCUGCCAAAGGGAAGGGAAAAAAAAGUAACACUCCAGGUGGGCAGAAUGUCCCUGUGACCACAUGUUCUUCACCUACGACGCCCACAUCUCAGCCAAGCCUCAGCUGCACACCCUCCAGCGCGUCCUCGAUGCCCAAACACCCUUCACAGACCGCUGCAAAGAAGAAGGGGCAGAAGUGGAAGGUAGACGGCCCAACUGAUUUCUCCUCAGCAGCCGUAACCACUUUGAGUGAUUUAUCAGGAAGCAAGAGGAGACGUGAAAGCGCAGACCAAGUCAUCAACCCUUGCUUAGAAGGAAAUGAGUUCCCACAAGAAGGAACUGAACAGCUCAAGUUUUGCAACGAUAUCCUGAAGGAAAUGCUGUCUAAGAAAUAUGUAGCCUACGCCUGGCCUUUCUACAAGCCCGUGGACGCUGAAGCUCUGCAGCUACACGAUUACCACCAAAUCAUCAAAUACCCCAUGGACUUCAGCACUGUCAAAAAAAAGAUGUGUGGAGGACAGUACGUUGAUGCGCAAGGCUUCGCUGCAGACGUCAGGCUCAUUUUUUCCAAUUGCUACAAAUACAAUCCUCCAAAUCAUGACAUUGUCACCAGGGCCAGAAAACUUCAGGGUGUGUUCGAGAAGAGGUUCGCGAAGAUGCCAGACGAGCCAGUGGAGAUGCUUUCACCAAUGAGUGCCGUGUCCGCCAUGAGUGCAGGUUUCGGUGGGAUCAGCACCAACAGCUCCUGCAACGUGGACUUGGAAGAGGAGCGUGCCACUCGACUUGCGGAGUUGCAAGAACAGGUGGGUGCAAAACAGCUCAAAGCUGUUCAUGACCAGCUCUCUGCACUCUCUGACGUCCCUGUGAUUAAACCAAAGAAGAAAAGAGAAAAGGACAAGAAAGAGGACAGCAGGCAACAUAAAGGGAAAACAAAUCCCACUCCCAGGCAGUCGUGGAAGGGAAGCAAAGACUGGGAUUCAGAGGAUGAAAGUCUGCAGAUGACGUACGACGAGAAGCACCAGCUGAGCCUCGACAUUAACCGGUUACCUGGGAUAAAGCUGGGCCGCGUGGUGCGCAUCAUUCAGACACGAGAGUCAUCCAUGCGUGACACCAAUCCAGACGAGAUCGAGAUAGACUUCGAGAUACUGAAGCCGUCCACGCUGCGGGAGCUGCAGCAGUACGUGAAGUCUUGUCUACAUAAGAAGUUCAAGAAAUUUCAAAAGAAAAGCGGUCUAGUUGCGUCGCAUCUCGUCAGCUGCAGCAGUUCUUCAGAUUCUGCCACCAGCAGCUCCAGUGACUCCAGUUCAGAAAACAGUGACAUGUGACAGCUGUGAUGCUUUUAUUUAUUUCCUUAUUUUUGACUAAAAGAGAGUUCUUCAAAACCGACAAACACGCUUAUUUUUGUAUUUGUUAUAUGUUCAAAUAUUUAGAAAAUUAAACCUCCCCACACAGCA